ACUGCACAAUAGUCUUGCAAAGCUUUGUAGCGAAAGUAGUCAUCAAGGACACAACGGAUUAGACGGAGGUUAAUAAGUAAAGUCGGGUGGCAUCACAUUGUACUUACUUGUUUGGAGACCUCUGAUUGCAGAGUGGCAAUUUCGUGAUACUUGUUGAGGAGUUAAAAAAAAUAUUGCCGAUGCUUGCCAAUUUUCACGAAUGCAGAAUUCGUCUUUAGGAAAGUUACCAAAUUUCAAAUUCAAAUUGAAUUAAUUCGUUUAAGAGAGAGAGAGAGAAAAAAAACUUUACCAAUGAUUAAACAACGAACAUUUACCUGUGGAAGUAACCAGAGUCUAUUUUGCAUGUGUGAACAGAACAGCAGUCGUGGAUUCAAUAUCAUCAAUGGCAUCCGCAGUGUGGCAGAAACUUGGACCCCGUGGCCUGGCUGUCAUGGCAGCUGCGGCCACUGGAGUGGGAAUCGGAAUGACCUAUUUCUCAUCACCCCAACGGGACACCCAAGCUGCUGUUAACUGCACCUUGUGCGAGGAUGGCACCUAUACCCCAAUCUUUGGCCAGAAGUCUAACUUUCCGCCCUCAGCCAACUUCCCAGACCUCUCGAAGCACAAUAACGUGAUGGCAUCCCAUCUGACACCAGGCAUCUACAGCCGUCUAAGUCCGUUAUCCACACCCAAUGGCUUCACCCUUGAUCAGUGUAUUCAAACAGGAGUAGAUAAUCCUGGUCAUCCUUUCAUCAAGACCGUUGGUAUGGUAGCAGGAGACGAGGAAUCAUACGAGGUGUUCAAAGAACUGAUGGAUCCCGUCAUCGACGAACGACACAAUGGAUACGGUCCAGACGAUACACAUCCAACAGAUCUGGAUUCUUCCAAGAUUCGUGGUGGGGUAUUGGACUCAAAGUAUGUCCUUUCUUCUCGUGUGAGGACAGGCCGUAGUAUCCGAGGACUCAGCCUUCCCCCGGCAUGCAACAGGGCUGAGAGACGUAUGGUUGAGCAGGUUGUAACGGAUGCUCUUGGCGGUCUGAAAGGCGAGUUGGCUGGGCAUUAUUACUCAUUGGUUACCAUGUCAGAAGAAGACCAGCAACAGCUCAUUGAUGAUCAUUUCCUCUUUGAUAAACCAGUCUCUCCUCUUCUAACAUGUGCUGGAAUGGCAAGAGAUUGGCCCGACGCACGAGGAAUCUGGCACAACAACAAUAAGAACUUCCUGGUAUGGAUCAACGAAGAGGAUCAUACUCGAGUUAUUUCGAUGGAGAAGGGUGGUAACAUGAAACGGGUCUUCGAUAGAUUCUGUUCUGGUCUUAAUCAGGUUGAGGAGUUGAUAAAAUCUAAAGGAUGGGAGUUCAUGUGGAAUGAGCAUCUUGGAUACAUCCUCACCUGUCCUUCUAAUCUUGGUACUGGACUUCGAGCUGGAGUACAUCUCAAAAUUCCCCAUCUUUCGAAGGAUGUCAAACGACUAGAUGAUAUCCUUGAUAAACUUCGUCUUCAGAAGCGUGGAACUGGAGGUGUUGAUACGGCAACUGUUGGUGAUACCUUUGACAUCUCAAAUAAUGAUCGACUUGGGCAAUCAGAGGUCCAGUUAGUUCAGCGCGUUAUAGAUGGUGUCGAUCUGCUUAUCAAGAUGGAAAAACUCUUGGAGAAAAACCGUUCCAUCGAGCAUUUGAUGCCUAAAUAGACAUCACCUAGUUUAUCCCAUCAAUGUACAUCGUUUUAAAGCCAAAAUCAGGAACAUUGAUUAACAAUACUUUAGAAAAUUCUGACAAAACAUGAAUAAUGUAUAUGUAAAAGAUAAACCGCUUGUCAAAUAGUAACUAUCGAUAAGGCCUCGUGUGACUAUAAUAUUGACUACCCUGUGUAAUGUACACUUUGAAUUGUUUGUGAUGAAUUAGUAUACUUAGAUUGAAGAAAAUAAAUUAGGAUAUAUUGUUGAACUUUCGAGAUAUAGGGGAUUUGAAAUUUUUCAAAGAAAACAAUUAGAAUGACAUUCACAACAGAAAAAUAAAAAUCGAUCUAACAAGACCCAAGGAAGGGACCAAAAUGAAGAUGUAAUUUUAUUUAUGAGGUCUGUUAAAGUAUGAAGGUCUUACAGGCAUAUUAUAUCAUGAUGAAAUUUGUCAAGAAUAUAGCACAGAUCAUUUAUAUUUAGAUGAUAUUUUAAUGAAUAUUCAUAUACACAGUAUUACAUUUAUCUUGAAAGAAAUAUAUCGAACUGAAACUGCACCUGUGUCAUUGUAUAAAGAAUAAUGUUUGCAAAAUUAAAAGUUUGAAUUUAAUGGAACCAAUGAAAUAAAACAAAUCACAUUAGCAGAUUCAUUUCGAUCUCUUUUCCUACUUUUAUUUGUAUCAGUAAGUCUUGUUUAUUAUUGUGAAUGAUUAUAGUUAAGAUGUAAAAUAUAGGAAAAAUACAGUGGCAUGAUAGCAGAAUCAUGAAUGUUCACAGGUCACUCCUGCGGAGCAUUUAAUGAAAGGCUUUGUCGGCGGGCUUUUCAGACGUUUUUAUUCGACAGUAAAAAUAGUAACAUUGCUUCUAAUAGUAGCCAAUAAAAAAGGGAAAGUUGUCAGAUCUGACAACUUGUCUAAUGAAUAAAACGCUUAAUUUCUAAGUUCACACAUUCCACUCAUCUUUUUUCCUGUUGGAAAGAACACACACUUUUUAAAAAUAAAGCUGUAAAAAAAACACCCUAGUAAUUAUUACUGGCAGCUGGGACUCGCACAUAAAUUAUUAUGAACUGUUAAAUUACGAUGGGUUGUACAAAUGCAAAACCACUGGAUAACUGAAAAAAGGCGUUUUUAACAUUCAUUUAACAUGAAAAUCGCUGUUGAUUUACAAAUACGAACACUAUUUAUAGGAUAGAUGCACUGCAAUCAACGU